AUGAAUGAGGAUCUGGAGGAAAUUUGGAGGAAAUUUGCUCUGACAGAGGAUGAGGCUGGGGGUGUAGAGUUAGAUAGUAAGGAUCUGGCUCAGGGAGUAGUGGAAUGUCAAUUGAGCAUAAUUGGAAGGGUGGUGGGAGAGAAGACAGCGAACAUUGCUGGUAUAAAGAGCUUUGCUAAUAAUAUGUGGCUGUUUGCAAGAAAUCUAAGAGUUGUUGAGAUAGGGGUUAAUAUGUUCCAGUUUAGCUUUAGUAAUAAACAGGAAAUGGAUAGGGUGUUGAAGGGAAGGCCAUGGGUUUACGAUAAUUUGCCUUUGGUAGUUUUACCAUGGGAAGAGGGGAUAGAACUGAACCUUGAAGCCUUUAAUAGGACUUGGAUUUGGGUCCAACUGUGGAACUUACCUAUUCAUUGGAUUACAAAGGAUAUUAGUAGGAAAAUUGGGGGAGUUUUCAGCUUCGUAAGGGAGGUGAUUGUUCCUACUGGUGGCGGGAAGGAGGGGAAACAUUUAAAAAUCCUGGUUGAGAUGGAUUUAACUAAACCAAUGCUGAGAGGAACCACGGUUAAGCUGAGGGGCAGUUCUAGAUGGAUAGAAUUUAAAUAUGAGAAAUGCCCUGACUUUUGCUACUGUUGUGGGGGUCAUGGGGCAUAA